ACGUUCUUAGUAUUUUAGGCUUGUAUUGUGAGCAUGAUUGAUGCAAACUUAAAAGAAUUGUUCGACAUAGGGUUGCAUACCGGUUCCCGGUAUCGGUACCGUACCGAAUAAUCACUUCGUAAAGUACCGGUAUAUACCGUUUCGUAAAGAACCAGUUCCGAUUCUGGUAUUUCCAUAAAAGUAAAUAAACAAAAUAAUUACCAAAUCCGCGGCAAAAGAAAGCAGAAAAUAAGCAAAUAGUAUUUGAAACACAGUAAUAACGCGAUCGACAUUGUUUACUGUGACACCGCUCCGAGUAACAUCACGGCCUGUAAACACUGGCUCGUCCUCUUUGAGGAGAUGAGUUGAAAAAAGAGCCAAUGAUACUUCCGAGGAGGCGCUAAUGACCGGAACUUUAUGCAGAAUGUAAACAAAGAAGAAGGUAGAAGAAAAAGUGAUAAAAGACAGUACAAUGGCAUCACAGUCUUUAACACAAUCCCAGAAGGCCAUUGCAAGUAUGGACAGAGGAGAGCAAGAGAGAAUUGUAAAUGAUACAGUGAAAUUCCUUCUUGUUCUCGAUCAGAAAAAAAUGCCUAUCAAGAAAGCAGAUAUAAAUAAACAUGUAUUGAAGGAGCAUUCUAAAGCUUUUCCAGUUAUUAUAGCUGAAGCUGCUAAACGACUUUCAAAGGUGUUUGGUAUAGAAGUGAAGGAACUAGAGGAGAAACAGAAAGGAAGUUAUAUAUUACUGAACAAGUUAGAAAUCAGUUCUGAUGAUAAUCAUCUCAUAUGGGGAGAGGAGGAUGAUAGCAAGAGGGGUUUGUUGAUGGUUGUACUCAGCCUGAUCUUUAUGAGUGGCAACGUUAUCACUGAUAACCAGCUAUGGAGUGGAUUGAAGAAGUUCGGCAUAGAGCCUGAUGUACCCCAUGAAGUGUUCAAUGAUGUAAAGAAGUUGAUAAUGCAGGAAUGGGUGAGACAGUGUUACUUAGAGAUAACAAGAAUGCCAAAUACUGACCCACCACUCUCAGAGAUUAAAUGGGGUCAGAGGGCACAACAAGAAAUCACAAAACGUAAUGUGCUCAGCUUUGUCAGUAAGAUAUACAACAUUGAAGAAUUGUCACAGUGGACUAGUCAGUGGCAGGAUGUCCUAUCAUCCGAAGGACAAGAUGAGAACCAGCCAGCUAAUUCUUAGUGAAAACUGUAUUCUCAGACACAUUUGAAUCCGACUCUUUCCUGAACAAAAUUCUCAUGAACAGGGGACAUGAAGUGAAAACUGAGUGUCAUGUUCUGAUAACCAUUCUUGUCAGGGAUUCUGGGAACCAGUCAGUGAAUUCUGGAUAUUGAUGCUUCCAGAUACGAACAAAAAAGGGACCUGAUUGUAUAGAAUUAUUGUAUGGAUGUUGUACCUGACAAGUGAAUGUUAAAUUUCUGUACAAACAGAUACUGUUUGACAGGGAUCCACUGUUGUAACUACAAAAGGUUAUUAAAUUCUUCAUGUUUAUAUUUUAUAUAUUUCUGGAAGAGUUAUCACCCUUCAAUUGUUUUCAUAUUUCAGUUUAUGCUGAACUGAAAGUGAGAGAUUUUGUAGUUGUGCUUUAUAUAAGGAACUUAAAGGACAUGUGUUCUAUCAGACUAUCACAAGUCAUGUAUGUUUCAUGUGAAUUUUGUCACUUAGCCAUGGCCCUUUACAGACAUGUUUAGCAGGGUAUUGAUUUAUUUUUCAAAAAAGAAAUCAUCAUGUGUAGAUACUAGUUCUUUUUAUCAGCAACAACUUCUUCAUGAUAUCUUAGGUUGUGUAUAUUUUCAUACCAAUGUUAAGCAAGACAUAUCAUGCCUGUGUGAUGAUUCUGGGCUCUGGUGGAAGGGCUAAAGCCCUUUUUAAGCCCCCUCUUGAUCUGAAAUUGAUGCUGCAUUCAUCUCAGUUUAUAUAUUAGAAAGGUGACAGAUCUGCUCGUAUUGUCAAUUUAACUGUAAAAGCAGUUUACAGCUCAGUGGUUUAGUGUCUUAUUAUGCCCCCCUUCGAAGAAGGAGGGGUAUAUUGUUUUGCAGAUGUCGGUCGGUAGGUCAGUCUGUCUGUCGGUCGGAAUGUAGACCAAUCCGUUUCUGGAUGAUAACUCAAGAACUCUUGGGCCUAGGAUCAUGAAAGUUGAAAGGGAGGUUGGUCAUCACCAGCAGAUGACCCCUAUUGAUUUUGAGGUCUGUAUUUCAAAGGUCAAGGUCACAGUGACCCUGAAUAGUAAAAUGGUUUCCAGAUGAUAACUCAAGAAAACUUGGGCCUAGGAUCAUGAAAAUUGAUAGGGAGGUUGGUCAUGACCAGCAGAUAAACUCUAUUGAUUUUGAGGUCAGUAUGUUAAAGGUCAAGGUCACAGUGACCCUGAAUAGUAAAACGGUUUCCAGAUGAUAACUCAAGAACACUUGGGCCUAGGAUCAUGAAAGUUGAUAGGGAGAUUGAUCAUGACCAGCAGAUGACCCCUAUUGAUCUUGAGGUCAGUAGGUCAAAGGUCAAGGUCACAGUGACCAGGAACAGUAAAAUGGUUUCCGGGCAAUAACGCUUGGGCCUAGUGUCAGGAAAAUUGAUAGUUAGGUUGGCCAUGACCAACAGAUGACCCCUAUUGAUUUUGAGGUCAUUAGGUCAAAGGUCAAGGUCACAUUGGCCAGGAACAGUUAAACGGUUUCUAAUCUUCUUGUCCAAAACCAUAGGGCCUAGGGCGUUGAUACUUGGUAUGUAGCACAAUCUAGUGGUCCUCUACCAAGAUUAUUCAGAUUAUUUCCCUAGUGUCAAAUAUGGCCCUAUCCUGGGGGUCACAUGGUUUAUAUAGACUUAUAUAGGAAAAAAAAUUGUAAAACCUCUUGUCCAAAACCACAGGGCCUAGGGCUUUGAUAUUUUGUGUAUGACAUCAUCUAGUGGUCCUCUACUAAGAUUAUUCAAAUUAUUCCCCUAGGGUCAAAUAUGGCUCCGCCCUGGGGGUCACAUGGUUUACAUAGACUUAUAUAGGGAAAAACUUUGAAAAUCUUCUUGUCCAAACCACAAAGACUAUGGCAUUGAUAUUUUGUAAUGUAGCAUCAUCUAGUGGUUCUCUACCAAGUUUGUUCAAAUUAUCCCUCUAGGGUCAAAUAUGGCCCCGCCCCAGGGGUCACAUGGUUCAUAUAGACUUAUAUAGGGAAAAACUUAGACUAUUCAUGUCCAUAACUUACAUCAUUCAAAUUUGGACCACAUGUAUAGUUUUGAGUGGCAAUAUGAACCUUGACAUGAGUUGACCUUGAUCUUGACCUAGUGACCUACUUCCACAUUUCUGUAGCUACAGCCUUCAAAUGUGGACCACAUGCAUAGGUUUGUGUACUGAAAAAAAAUUGACCUUGUUAUUGACCUAGUGACCGACUUUCACAUUUUUGAAGGUAAGGCUUCAAAUUUGGACCACAUGCAUAGUUUUCUGUUCCAAAAUAUAAUUUGACCUUGAUUUUGACCUAGUGACCUACUUUUACAUUUCUCAAGCUACAGCCUUCAAAUUUGAAUCACAAGCAUUGUUUCGUGUACUGAAAUGAACUUUGAUCUUGAGAUUGACCUAGUGACCUACUUUCACAUUUCUGAAGGUACAGGCUUCUAAUUUGGACAACGUGCAUAAUUUUGUUUUCCGAAAUAAAAUUUGACCUUGAUUUGACCUAGUGACCUACUUUCACAUUUCUCAAGCUACAGCCUUCAAAUUUGAACCACAUGUAUAGUUUUGUGUACCGAAAUGAAGUUUGAUAUUGAGAUUGACCUAGUGACCUACUUUCACAUUUCUGAAGCUACAGGCUUCAAAUUUGGACCGCAUGCAUAUUUUUGUGUUCAGAAUUGAAAUUUGACAUUGAUUUUUACCUAUUACCUACUUUCAAAUUUCUCUAGCUACAGCCUCCAGAUUUGAAGCACAUGCAUAGUUCUGUCUACCGAAAUGAACUUUGACCUUGAAAUUGAUCUAGUGACCUACUUUCACAUUUCUCAAGCCACAGCUUUCAAAUAUGGACCACAUACACAUUGUUUUGUACCAAAAUGAAAUUUGACCUUGAUUUUGACCUUGAGCUAGUCUUGAAAUUUGGAACAUUCAAAAAUGGCUCAAUGGAUGGCACCAAGAUCACUCUGUAAUCUCUUGUUAGGUUAAUAGGUUGUAAUCUCUUGUUAGGUUAAUAGGUUAAAGGUCAAGGUCAGAUUAAACCAGAAUGGUAGAACUUUUGUUUACAGUGAGCAUAUAAUUUCUGUUCCAUGUGCAAUUACUGAAUGCACCAAGGGGGGCAUUUCGUGUUCGACGAGCUCUUGUUUUGUAUAGUCUUUCCCGGACGGUGCUUAUCUAAUCUUUUUGUGCCCCCCCAUGAGUGGUGGGGGCAUAUAGAUUUGGUCUUGUCCGUGCGUCCGUCCGUCUGUCCGUCCGUCCGUCCGUCCGAAGUUCGUGACACUCCUAGCUCAAAUAGUAUUUGAUAUAAAUUCAUGAAACCUUGCAUGAGUCUUUAUCAUGAUAUGAACUUGCGCACCUCCUAUUUUUCGUCUGGCUCCGCCCCCUAUUUUUAGAGUUAUGGCCCCUGAAAUAGUCAAAAAUGCACAUUUUCACCUUGUGACACUCCUAGCUCAAAAAGUAUUUCAUAUAAAUUGAUGAAACCUUGCAUGAGUCUUUAUCAUGAUAUGAACUUGCGCACCUCCUAUUUUUCAUCUGGCUCCGCCCACUAUUUUUAGAGUUAUGGCCCCUGAAAUAGUCAAAAAUGCAUAUUUUCACCUUGUGACAUGCCUAGCUCAAAAACUGUUUGAUAUAGAUUCAUGAAACCUUGCAUGUUUAUUAAUCAUGAUAUGAACUUGCGCACCUCCUAUUUUUCAUUUGGGUCCGCCCCCUAUUUUCAGAGUUAUGGCCCCUGAAAUAGUCAAAAAUGCACAUUUUCACCUUGUGACACGCCUAGCUCAAAAAGUAUUUGAUAUAAAUUGAUGAAACCUUGCAUGAGUCUUUAUCAUGAUAUGAACUUGCGCACCUCCUAUUUUUCGUCUGGCUCCGCCCCCUAUUUUUAGAGUUAUGGCCCCUGAAAUAGUCAAAAAUGCACAUUUUCACCGUGUGACGCGCCUAGCUGAAAAAGUAUUUGAUAUAGAUUCAUGAAACCUUGCAUGUGUAUUAAUCAUGAUAAGAACUUGCGCACUUCCUGUUUUUCUUUGGGUCUGCCCCCUAUUUUUAGAGUUAUGGCCCCUGAAAUAGUCAAAAAUGCACAUUUUCACCUUGUGACACCCCUAGCUCAAAAAGUAUUUCAUAUAAAUUGAUGAAACCUUGCAUGAGUCUAUAUCAAGAUAUGAACUUGCGUACCUCCUAUUUUUCGUCUGGCUAUGCCCCCUAUUUUUAGAGUUAUGGCCCCUGAAAUAGUCAAAAAUGCACAUUUUCACCUUGUGACGCGCCUAGCUCAAAAAGUAUUUAAUAUAAAUGGUUGAAAAAUUGCAUAAGUCUUUAUCAUGAUAUAAACUUGCACACCUCUAAUUUUUUGGCAGGUUCCACCCCUAUUUUUAAAGUUAUGGCCCCUGAAAUAGUAAAAAAAUGCACUUUUUCACCUAAUUAUGUGCCUAGCUCAAAAAGUAUUAGAUGUAAGUUCAGGAAACCUUGCAGGAGUCUUUAUCAUGAUGUGGCCUUGCACACUUGGCAUUCUUCUUGAGAAUCUUACUCUUAUUACAGAGUUACGGCCCUUGAAAUAGCCAGAAUAGUGGAUUUUUUGUUUGUGAUGCUCAUAGCUCAAAAAGUAUAGGGCCUAGAAUAAUGAACCCUUUUCAUAAAAUGUUUGUUGAGGCUAUACCCCAUUAAGACUGCAAACAUUUGAAUUAUUGCCCCUUAUUUGUGACUAAUGUACCUGUGGGGGGCACACCCUGUGUCCUACAGACACAUUCUAGUUUUAACGUCAUUUACAGUUCUGGCAUCUAACAACUUGUGAUGGUAAUUCAUUCCAUGGUUUAAUCACUCAACAAGAAAACUGGUUCAAGCAAAAUGUUGUUCUAGAAUGUGGCUAUUCAAGUUAUAGGUUAUGACCUGUCGUUGAAAAAAUUCUCAAAAGGACAGUCACCAAUUCCUUUAACGAUUUAAAAAAAAACCUGUAUUAAGUCACCUCUUAAUCUGCGAUGAGCAAGGAUAAUUUCAGGGUUUUUUGUUUUCAACCGAGAUCAAAAGUUAAAUGGCAGAAGGAAUUGUCAGUAGCACUGUGACUAUCAUAAACAUGACUAGGAUUUUUAGUAUACUGUCCAGUAUCCCUUGAUCAAAGUUAAUGAGAUCAAAAUUAAAAAUAGGAUUAACAGAAUUACUAUCUGAAUUAACAUCAACAGUAGUAACAGUACUAUUUACACUUUGUCCAUGUUGUACAUGUCCUUUAAUCACAAGUCCUCUUACAAACGAAAUGACACAGAGCCAGUCGCAGGAGAUUUAUCCCUGGCUGACCCGCUCACUGCUGAGUUUACAGAUGCAUUUGAUCAGCACUGGCACAAGCUUUUGGUUUGGCGUUCAACAAUCCCUCCACGAAAAAUAAUCAAGUUGGGAUUUUUUUUUCAUCCUUCUUUUUGCAAGUUCUUUUUUCAAAUUAAUACUCUUUUCCCUUUCUUGUUUAGCCUGGUCUGGUGUGAUAAAGAUUUUACUCCACCCAUUAGCAUAUUCGUGGUCCUGUUUUUCCCUAAGGUAGUUUGUGCCCUCCAAUACUCUGUGUUUAUCUCCUGUUGACUUUAAUUAAUUUUGCCUUAGACCCUGGGUUCCCCAAAAGAAAGCAGACAUUUUCAACAUCAGGGCACCUAACUACUCUAAAAAUCCCUCUCAACGCAUCAACAUUUUUCUCGCAUUCAGUGAUUUUAACAUUUUAUCUACUUAAACCCGUCCCAAAUUCUGCAAGUUUUGGCAAUACUCUGGUGCAGCCAUCACAAUUAAAAGGCAAGAUUUUAGUUGUUUCGUACAACUUGACAGAAAUAUUGCUACAAUCAAAACAGAACCAGUAACUACAGAUCUGGCAGUUCAUUGCCGCCGCCCCCCCCCCCCCCCCCCCCCCCCCCAUGAGUGGUGGGAGCAUAUAGAUUUGCUCUUGUCCGUUCGAAGUUUGUGAUGCGCCUAGCUCAAAAAGUAUUUGAUAUAAAUUGAUGAAACCUUGCAUGUGUCUUUAUCAUGAUAUGAACUUGCGCACCUCCUAUUUUUCAUGUGGCUCUGCCCCCUAAUUUUAGAGUUAUAGUCAAAAAUGCACAUUUUCACCUUUGUGACAUGCUUAACUCAAAAAGUAUUUGAUAUAGGUUUAUGAAACCUUGCAUGAGUCUUGAUCAUGAUAUGAACUUGCGCAGCUACUAUUUUUAGCUCACCUGUCACAAAGUGACAAGGUGAGCUUUUGUGAUCGCGCGGUGUCCGUCGUCUGUCGUCCGUCCGUCCGUGCGUCCGUCCAUCCGUCCGUAAACUUUUGCUUGUGACCACUCUAGAGGUCACAUUUUUCAUGGGAUUUUUAUGAAAGUUGGUCAGAAUGUUCAUCUUGAUGAUAUCUAGGUCAAGUUCGAAACUGGGUCAUGUGCCUGCAAAAACUAGGUCAGUAGGACUAAAAAUAGAAAAACCUUGUGACCUCUCUAAAGGCCAUAUAUUUCUCAAGAUCUUCAUGAAAAUUGGUCAGAAUGUUCAUCUUGAUGAUAUCUAGGUCAAGUUCGAAACUGGGUUACAUAUCGUCAAAAACUAGGUCAGUAGGUCUAAAAAUAGAAAAACCUUGUGACCUCUCUAGAGGCCAUAUAUUUCACAAGAUCUUCAUGAAAAUUGGUCAGAACGUUCGCCUUGAUGAUAGCUAGGUCAGGUUUGAGACUGGGUCACGUGCCAUCUAAAACUAGGUCAGUAGGUCAAAUAAUAGAAAAACCUUGUGACCUCUCUAUAGGCCAUAUUUUUCAUGGGAUCUGUAUGAAAGUUGGUCUGAAUGUUCAUCUUGAUGAUAUCUAGGUCAGGUUCGAAACUGGGUCACGUGCGGUCAAAAACUAGGUCAGUAGUUCUAAAAAUAGAAAAACCUUGUGACCUCUCUAGAGGCCAUAUAUUUCAUGGGAUCUGUAUGAAAAUUGGUCUGAAUGUUUAUCUUGAUGAUAUCUAGGUCAAGUUUGAAACAGGGUCAUGUGCGAUCAAAAACUAGGUCAGUAGGUCUAAAAAUAGAAAAACCUUGUCACCUCUCUAGAGGUCAUACUUUUGAAUGGAUCUCCAUAAAAAUUGGUCAGAAUGUUCACCUUGAUGAUAUCUAGGUCAAGUUUGAAACUGGGUCAAGUGCCUUCAAAAACUAGGUCAAUAGGUCAAAUAAUAGAAAAACCUUGUGACCUCUCUAGAGGCCAUAAUAUUCAUGGGAUCUGUAUGAAAGUUGGUCUGAGUGUUCAUCUUGAUGAUCUCUAGGUCAAGUUCGAAAGUGGGUCACAUGCCGCCAAAAACUAGGUCAGUAGGUCAAAUAAUAGAAAAACCUUGUGACCUCUCUAAAGGCCAUAUUUUUCAUGGGAUCUGUAUGAAAAUUGGUCUGAAUGUUUAUCUUGAUGAAAUCUAGGUCAAGUUCGAAACAGGGUCAUGUGCGGUCAAAAACUAGGUCAGUAGGUCUAAAAAUAGAAAAACCUUGUCACCUCUCUAGAGGCCAUACUUUUGAAUGGAUCUCCAUAAAAAUUGGUCAGAAUGUUCACCUUGAUGAUAUCUAGGUCAAGUUUGAAACUGGGUCACGUGCCUUACAAAACUAGGUCAGUAGGUCAAAUAAUAGAAAAACCUUGUGACCUCUCUAGAGGCCAUACUUUUCAUGGGAUCUGUAUGAAAGUUGGUCUGAAUGUUCAUCUUGAUGAUAUCUAGGUCAGAUUUGAAACUGGGUCAACUGCGGUCAAAAUCUAGGUCAGUAGGUCGAAAAUUAUUUAAAUCUUUUGACCUCUCUAGAGGCCAUAUUUUUCAAUGGAUCUUCAUGAAAAUUGAUCUGAAUGUUCACCUUGAUGAUAUCUAGGUCAGUUUCGAAACUGGAUAUCUAGAUAAAGUUCAAAACAGGGUCACGUACCUUCGAAAACUAGGUCAAUAGGUCAAAUAAUAGAAAAACCUUGUGACCUCUCUAGAGACCAUAUUUUUCAAUGGAUCUUCAUGAAAAUUGGUCAGAAUUUUUAUCUUGAUAAUAUCUAGGUCAAGUUCAAAACUGGGUCACAUGAGCUCAAAAACUAGGUCACUAUGUCAAAUAAUAGAAAAAACGACGUCCUACUCAAAACUGGGUCAUGUGGGAAGAGGUGAGCGAUUCAGGACCAUCAUGGUCCUCUUGUUCAUCUAGGUCUGCCCCCUAUUUCUAGAGGUAUGGCCUCUGAAAUAGUCAAAAAUGCACAUUUUCACCUUGUGACACGCCUAGCUCAAAAAAUAUUUGAUAUAAAUUGAUGAAACCUUGCAUGAGUCUUUAUCAUGAUAUGAACUUACGCACCUCCUAUUUGUCGUCUGGCUCCGCCCCCUAUUUUUAGAGUUAUGGCCCCUGAAAUAGUCCAAAAUGCACAUUUUCACCUUGUGACACGCCUAGUUCAAAAACUAUUUGAUAUAGAUUCAUGAAACCUUGCAUGAGACUUAAUCAUGAUAUGAACUUAUGCACCUCCUAUUUUUCAUGUGGCUCUGCCCCCUAAUUUUAGAGUUAUAGUCAAAAAUGCACAUUUUCACCUUGUGACAUGCUUGACUCAAAAAGUAUUUGAUAUAGAUUUAUGAAACCUUGCAUGAGUCUUAAUCAUGAUAUGAACUUGCGCAGCUACUAUUUUUCAUCUAGGUCUGCCCCCUAUUUCUAGAGGUAUGGCCUCUGAAAUAGUCAAAAAUGCACAUUUUCACCUUAUGACACGCCUAGCUCAAAAAAUAUUUGAUAUAAAUUGAUGAAACCUUGCAUGAGUCUUUAUCAUGAUAUGAACUUACGCACCUCCUAUUUGUCGUCUGGCUCCGCAUCCUAUUUUUAGAGUUAUGGCCCCUGAAAUAGUCAAAAAUGCACAUUUUCACCUUGUGACACGCCUAGUUCAAAAACUAUUUGAUAUAGAUUCAUGAAACCUUGCAUGAGACUUAAUCAUGAUAUGAACUUGCGCACCUACUAUUUUUAAUCUGGGUCCGCACCCUAAUUCUAGAGUUCUGGCCCCUGAAAUAGUCAAAAAUGCACAUUUUCACCUUGUGACAUGCCUAGCUCAAAAAGUAUUUGGUAUAAAUUGAUGAAACCUUGCUUGAGUCUUUAUCAUGAUAUGAACUUGCGCACCUAUUAUUUUUCAUCUGGGUCCACCCCCUAUUUCCAGAGUUAUGGCCCAUGAAAUAGUACAAAAAUGCACAUUUUCACCUAAUUAUGUGCCUCACUCAGAAAGUAUUAAAUGUAAAUUCAUGAAACCUUGCUUGAGUCUUUAUCAUGAUGUGACCUUGCACACUUGGCAUUCUUCUUGAGAAUUUUAGCGUUUAUUACAGAGUUAUGGCCCUUGAAAUAGCCAGAAUAGUGGAUUUUUUGUUUGUGAUGCUCAUAGCUCAAAAAGUAUAUGGUAUAGAAUAAUGAAUCCUUUUCAUAUUUUUUUUGAGGCUAUACCCUAUUAACCCUUUACUCCAUAUACAUUUAGCCUAAUUAGGCUUAUCAUAUCCGUACAGCUUUACUGAUAAUCAGUACACUAUCUCCAUACAGGAUAUUGGGGAAAAAUGCAGAAUUUAUACCUGUGUUAUUCAAUUCAAUAUUACUAUAUUUAAUAUUGUUUUAAACACUUAGUAACCAACAUAAAGUUUUUUCACAAUUAAAUUUUCUUUCUAAUGGUACAUUUUACAUAAAAGUGUGAUAAAUAUUUCUUGACAUACAAAGCUUUAAACCCAUUAGUUUACUUUUCUAUAAUAAUUUUAGCUACUUUUCUAUUGAUGGUACUUAUUUAUUUCUGUUUUUUUCCCCUGGUAUAUUAGUUACAUAAUGUUUUUAUAAGAAUAAUUGAUCAAAAGCAAUUUUAUCAGCUUAUAAAAACACUUAUCAGUAAAAUUUCUUCUCAAAGUUGCCUACAAUUAUCCAUAGCACACGCCAAUUAUCCAAAGAUCACCCCAAUCAACCAUACCCCACACUGAUAGGUAAUAUACAGACAUAUGUCAUAAAAUUCCUUAGUGCAGCAGGUAAUUAGCUAUUAAUUUGUCUUCAGGGUAAAUCAGACCAAUAUGUAUUUGCAACAGUUACUUUUUUAAUCCAUCAUAAAGUGUAUAUCUUUUUAUAUCCAUUGAAAAAAAAAAGUUCCGCUUUCUAAAUCACCUGGGAAAUGCAGAAACCUAAAAAAAAUUACAGUACUAUUUUUAGCUUGCACAAAUACACAAUUUGUACAAAUAAAUACUACACAAAUUCAUAAUUUGUAAAGAUAAACUUGGGGGUAUAAUUAGCCUUGAUCAGGCUAAUUUUAGCUCAAGAUGAAACUUUCCUCACAGUAAUUUUCCAUAAAUACACUACCUCAUUUCAGGUUUAAAUUACCAUUAAAAAUCAAAUAUAAACCAUAUAUUUUUUUGACAGAUAUCAUUUGUACAUGGUUUAAACUUUACAAAAAUGCUUUUAUGGGAUUCCUUGAUGUUGUACUUUAUUCAUAAUUUGCUUUUAAACUUGAAGGCGUCAAAAAGAGUAUCUAUCAGGGAAUGGAUAGAGGUGGUAAAAAGCGUAUCUAUGGAGUAAAGGGUUAAGACUGCAAACAUUUGAAUUAUUUCCCCUUAUUUGUGACAAAUGUACCAUUGGGGGGCACAACCUGUGUCCUACAGACACAUUCUAGUUUUAACACCACCACACCAAGCACAGCUCUUGUGGUUUGGGGUAGGGGUUGCCAUUGUUAAAAAUUUAUUGCUGUAUGAUGGGCAAUUGUAUGAUCUGUCACCAGCACAAUUUUCAACACAAAUAAUUAUAAGUCUGUUGCACAGGAUUGGAGAAGAUUCCACCGUAACUGAAACCUGUGGCAGCAGGGGGUGUCACAAAAAUUAUUUACUGUCUAACUUGACCAGUUUUUAUUGAAUGUUCAUAUGUUUAUGGGCAUAGUGUAUCGACCAGAUUCAAUAGUAAGCUCGAUCUUCUCAAGUUUUUCUGUAGUUAUGGCCCUUGAAUUUCUCAAAAACUGACUGGGUCUGCUCUUUAACUGGAAUAGUUCAUAUCCAGUGCAUACCAAACAGUGUUUAUUGGCAUAAUAUCAUGGAAAAGUUUACUGACCAGCCAGAUUCUUCUAGUGUCUUGAAUGGCUCUUGAAUUACGUAAAAUUGUGAAUAUUGAAAGUGGCCAGCAAAUUACCUAAGCAGUUUUUAUCAGAUGUUCACUAAACUUGGAAUGUUUAUGUACAUAUUGUCUUGGUCAAGAAUCAUACACACAGCUAAAAUGUUAUUUUUGCAUACAUGUUAUGGAAUUUCAUUGGUUAAAAAUUAAAAUUGUUCAGCAGCUGUUAAAUGACUUUAGAAAUAUAUUUGGUCUUGAUAAACAGUUCUUAAAUCUUCAUGAAGACAUAUCUUGAAACUAAAAACUGGUAUAAAAGAUUGUGAUCUGUAAAGUAUUCUAAUGCAGCCAGACUUCAUUUUUCUGACAUCACAUAUUACGUCAGGCUGCACAAUCGUGAUUUAAUUUCUUGGCAUCUAAACUCCAGACAAUGAUUUAUUCAAAGACAAAUCACUGUUUAGGAUAUAUUGUUUCUUAAUUUUAACUUUAUACAGUCAUUCUCCUAUAAAUUUAUUUGUAGAAUUAGUUUUUGUUAAAGAACUGAAAUAUUAUCUUUUACAUCUAUGUUUGGAACUUUACAGUUGACAGAAAUUAAAUGUUUGAAAUGGAA